CUGAUGUGUGUUUAUUAACGUUACUAAGAGGGUGUUACUGUCUCUUUAAACACUCAGCCUUCUUCCUCCCCUCCUCACCGUGUGUGUGUGUGAUGAUGGCCGCCGCUCAGGACUCUUCUCUUUAUCUGGGCUUCGACUUCAGCACGCAGCAGCUGAAGGUGGUGGCGAUCGAUGGAGACCUGAAUGUGGUUCACCAGAACAAUGUCCAGUUUGACUCUGAGCUACCUGAGUUCAGGACUCAGGGAGGAGUUCAUAUUCAUGCUGACAGACUGACCGUCACCUCUCCUGUACUGAUGUGGGUGAAGGCACUGGACCUGCUGUUGGACAAGAUGAAGAGGGCGGGGCUUGACUUCUCUCGUGUCAGAGCGUUGUCAGGCAGCGGCCAGCAACACGGCAGCGUGUACUGGAGAAGAGGAGCUUCUGAGACCCUGAAGCAGCUCGAUCCGGACCAGACCCUGCACCAGCUGCUGCAGGGCAGCUUCUCGGUGUCAAACUGUCCUGUGUGGAUGGACUCCAGCAGCAGUCAGCAGUGCCAGGACCUGCAGACAGCAGCAGGAGGAGCUCAGAGACUGGCAGAGAUCACCGGAUCCCGAGCCUACGAGCGUUUCACAGGAAACCAGAUCGCCAAACUGCGACUGACCCGACCGGACGACUACCGGGACACCGAGAGGGUCUCAUUGGUCAGCAGCUUCGCGGCCUCGCUCUUCCUCGGUGGUUACGCUGCCAUCGACUACAGCGACGGUUCAGGGAUGAAUCUGCUGGACAUCAGGACCAGAAACUGGUCUGAGAUCUGCCUGGAAAACACCGCUCCUCGUCUGGACCGAGUGCUGGGAGCUCCAGUGCCCUCCACGUCUGUACUGGGUCCCGUCUCCUCCUACUCUGUGCGUCGAUAUGGUUUCUCUGAGAGCUGCAGAGUGGUGGCUUUCACUGGAGACAACCCAGCGUCUCUGGCAGGAAUGAGGCUGCAGCCAGGAGACGUCGCUGUCAGUCUGGGUACCAGUGAUACGGUGUUUCUGUGGAUCCAGCAGCCUCGUCCAGCACUGGAGGGCCACAUCUUCUGCAACCCUGUUGACUGGCAGGCCUACAUGGCUCUGCUGUGCUUUAAGAAUGGAUCGCUGACGAGGGAACGAAUCAGGAACGAAUGUACUGGAGGAUCAUGGGAACACUUUUCUGCUGCCUUGAGAGACACGCCGCCUGGAAACAAUGGAAACACGGGCUUUUAUUUUGACACGAUGGAGAUCACACCUCCUGCAGUGGGAGUCCACCGCUUUGACCCGGACGACAACGAGGUGUCCUCACUGAGUCCUCAGGUGGAGGUCCGGGCUCUGGUGGAGGGUCAGUUCCUGUCCAGGAGGCUCCACGCUGAGAGGCUGGGAUACACCUUCACUUCAGGAACCAGAGUGCUGGCGACAGGAGGAGCCUCAUCGAACAAGGAGAUCCUGCAGGUUCUGUCUGAUGUGUUCAACGCUCCGGUUUACACCAUCGAUCUGUCCAACUCCGCCUGUCUGGGAUCAGCGUACCGAGCUCUGCACGGCCUGGUUGCGGAAUCUGGAGUCUCCUUCUUUGAUGUUGUGAAGAAAGCGCCUGAACCACAACUGGUCGCCACCCCACAUCCUUCAGCACAGGAGGUGUACGACCCCAUGCUGAAACGCUACGCCCGAUUGGAGGAGAGAGUCCUGCAGGUGACUCGCCCCUGAGCCGCGGCCACCAGUCAGAUCUCGAGACGAGACCACAACGUUUUCAGAAAGUGAAAUGCUGCAUCUGAUUUUGGUGUAAUAAGUUUUACUCGAGGACUUUGGAAACUCCUUUGAAUUUUAUUUGUGAUCAGUCAGAGCUGCUUGUCAGUAAAGUGUAAAGUGCUGGACUUUUCAGGGAUAUGUGAUGAAACAAUGAAAUCAGCCGCUGAAUUAAUGCAGAAUCCCAGGACAGUUUUCUCCAGGGACACUUUGAGAAACACUUUCUUCAUCCUCAUCCCUGAAUCCUUUCUGCUUUACCAUUUGUCCAAACUCUGUUUCCUCUGGUCAUGUAGCACCAGUUUCAAAGAUAUUUGCCUCGUUGUACAGCACAGACAGAAAUGCUUCUUAAAAACUCUCUGAGUGAAGGACUAUGAAGGAUGAGGUUUGAUGAGGUUUGAUGAGGUUUGAUGGGGUUUGAGGCUGAUCCAGAUAGCCACAUCAGCUUUCAGUUUUCGACUUUGGCUGUGGAUGAAGUUCACGUUGUGCUGCAGUGUGACACAUCAUGUGAAGGGAACUUUUUCCUGUGUGAUUUGCAGUACGUUAAAUGAUGUCAUGAUCACCACUUUGGUUAUUGGCUUUGUCAGUUAAACUUGGGAGCAGAACCAAACAGUGACAGAAGCUUUGGGCAUUUGAAAUACAAUCUGGCAUUGAAAUAUUUCUAUUUUAAGAAGCUCUACUAACACUCGAACAAAUCAGCCUUGACGUUCACAGACAUUAAAAAGUUAUUCCAUGUUAUGUUGCUUUGGUUUUGUUUUCAUUUGCGGUGUUAAAAUGCAUCGUCGAGCGUCGGCUUUUCCUGCGGGGCGAAACGGGUUUAAAAAAGCUGGACACAUGAAUUAAACCGGUGCUUCGAUUAAAUCUCAAACUGAUUUCAGCUCCCCUCUGCCUGAUGACAAGUUGCAGCGUGGCUGUAAUUUUGUUUUGCAGGCCUCAGCUGACCGAUAAGACGGCCGCAGCUUUUGAUUGGCUUUUGUUUAUCGGUUUUCCUGUCUGGUUUGCCGUCUUCAGCCUGCUGCAGCGCUGAGCUGCACGUCGGGUGUCUCGCUGCAGACGUGAAGACUUUAAAACUUGAACUGAAAUGAAAAAUGGCACCUUGUUAGCUUCCUCUCCUCUGGUGGCCCUUCUGUUUGGGCCCUCGGAAGUCAUCGUCGUCUCUCUGGUUCUGAUCUCUACGUCUGGUCCCACCUGCUCUAAAACCCCUCAAGAGUUGCCAUAAUGCAUAAAAACAAAAGUCUGCUCAUUUCUCAUUCAUUAUUUGCGUUCUGUAUCAUGAAUGCUUUGUGAAAUGAUAUCAGUCUGCAGCCUCGGGGCUCCUUCCACUAAUUAAUGAGGCUUAACUGUUAAAAAAAAGUCAUCAUUUGGAGAAUUAAUUUGAAUAAUGUGUUUCCCUAGGGAUUAAAAUCCUUCCCUGUAAUUCAUGAUUUAAUAUUUAUAAAAUAUUGAAGGCCCAGGUGAGGCGCCUGUUCUCAUUUUGUCACCUGCCGCCCUUUAAAAAAAAACUUUUAUCAUCAGUGCGUGAGGUCGUUUUUCAAACGCUGCAAAUCUUGUCAUGAACGCGAAUCAUCCAUCUGGCGCUGCGUCCCGACAGGAAGAAGAAGGAGGAGGCGCUCCUCCUCCUCCUUCUUCUGCAGGGGGCCAAAGUAAAACAACGUGAAGCAUUGAGAUUUCCCUUCUCUGGAAGUCAGGGGCCGAGCCUGAAAGCAACAAUAAAGAGUUGCGUCCCCAUACUUUUGUCCAUAUAGUGUACAUCACUUCCUGUCAGCCACAUCCGCUCUUUAAGCUCCACCCAAGUGUGACUACUGAUUAUGGUUCUGUUUAGUUCUUUCCAAACUUCCUCUGCCUCUGGCGUCUGAGAACUUUUCAUUAAAAUGAAGAAAUGUGAUUGGACUAUGUGUCUCCUCCCUCUUCCUGUAUCUUCUUCUCUUCCUCUUAAUUUGUGCAUAAAACGACGAACAACUUAAAGCGAAGCGCUGAGCUGAGCUGUGUGGAGCGACGAGGAGGGUGCUGGCUCAUCGCUGUGUCCUCCUCUUCUUCUGUGGUGGUUUGAUGGCACCGAGAGGAGAAUCAGCACCACCUGCUGUUUGUCUCCGCCAACCAGUGAGCUCAUCUUCACACAGCAGGAGGACGGACAUUCAUUCAAUGCCAUCCAUAUCCCCAGUAACCCCCUGAAGAAAUGCGACUGUGGUGGAGCUGCGUUAGUUCACAUCCAGAUUCUUAAGCCACACCAGAACUGGACCAGCCAGUCGGGAUGUUCGUACUGAUCUGAGGAAUGCCAAGCUUCAACGUCAACCCUCUGCUUCACGAUGGCCCGAAAGCUUCACUCGUAACAACAACCUCCAAACGCUAAAAGCUUGACCAAAGCUUGAGUCUGGUCCUGCGGUCGGUGCGUCCCUCAGGAGACGUAAAGCAGACGGACGUGCAGGGUGGAUGUGGGCUCUGCGGAUCCCUGAUGGUGUCCUUAUUCUCGAAGCAGCUUCUUACACUUUCUUAAAGGAGAAUUCCAGUGUUUUUUAAACCGUGUCCCCGUGUUUAUGUUGGUUAGUAAAUGAUUCAUACUUACCAGAGGGUUUGGAGUUGGUCCAGCAGAUCACAACUCAGAUCGUCAAAGUCACAGCUGCUAAAAGUGUUUCUUUGCACUUGUACCCAGGAUAUUUUGGCCUCAGGUUUGUACAGUGGGAGGAAGUGGAGCGUCAUCCAUCUUCAUAAGUGUCAGGGUCAGCCUCUGACACAACUCAGACUCCCUAUUGGAUAGACAUAUGCUUGAGACACUGAGAACCUGCCGGUGGACACUUCUUCACAUUGGCUUGUGCUGAGUGUGUGUGUGUGAGAGAGAGACAGAGUCCUGCUACCAAAGGUUCAGCUGAGGAGAGACGAUGCGCUCUGCAGAUCCAUCCUCAGAUGGUUUAUGUGUUUGUGUGUGUUUAAACUGAUCAAAGGAAGCCCUUUUGAUGUUCAGACACACACACACACACUCACACACUCUGGAUGAUAGAGGACAGAGCAACAUGUGACUGCGUGCACUGUGUAUUCCAGAUAUUUUGUUUGUGUGUUUGAAAUAAUUGGCUCCCAAAAGGCCCAAACGCAGGAAACAAAUUGCGGCGCAGCAGCGGAGACGGCGUGUUCGUCCCGGCUGCAUAUGUAAAUUUGUAUGCCGAAUGUGUGUCAGUGUUUGAGUCUGUGGCCAUUUGCAUAUUUGUGUGGAUAAUUUUGUGUGUGUGAGAUGAAUGGAUCCAGGAGUGUGUGUUUCAGCGAGGACGCCCGCCUCAGAUCGUAAUCCAGCUGUUAAUUACUUUCACAGGCAGGCGGAGGAAAAAGUGCGUGUGGACUUCAGACCUGGCAACCCGCCGUCUGAUGCUGAUUGAAGGGUUGGGCUCUAAAAUGAGACAUUCAGGGAUACCUGCACGCUGAGGAUAACUGACGGCAAAAGAUUUAAUGAGGGACUUUGUGAGAGGGCAGACGACAGCCUACAGAAGUGGAAACCUCUCGCCGACGUGAUCCCGCUCGUUAACUCCAGUCAGCCUCAGCACAGGAUGUUUCAUGUGCUCACGCGUCUCUGAGACUCUCUUAUUUUGAGUGCUUCCUGAUUGAGCUUCAGUGUCUGAAUAAGAAAUCUGAUAUGAAGCCGUUGUAGCAUCAAAACUAAGUGAAAUACACCAUAUAGACAAAAGUAACCAGACAGGGUUUGGGCUCGGCCCCUGAAUUCCAGUGCAGGGAAAUCUUAAUGCUUCAGCACACCAAGACGUGUUGGACAAUGCUAUGCUUCCAACUUUGUGGCAACAGUACUGACUUUAGAGACUCAAGUUCACUCUUUCAUCUCUUAGAGUCCUCAGUCACUGCAGGAGCAAAGAGACGUCCUCUGCUGUCAAACCCGCCACAGUUUGGACUUAUGAAGAAGCGUCUCAAAGCUUUCACUGUGUGUCUGCUGUGUUUUUUAAAUAAAGGUUUUUUAAAGUCA